CUGAAUACGGAGCUGUGUUUAAUUCUGGCUGGUGUGCUAGUGUGGCAUAGCGAAAACAACCCUAAAUAACGUGGAAAAGCCAGCAGAAAGGAGGAGGAAAAGAAGAACAGAACGCUAGGCUACGCUGAGAGAUGCCAAUUGAUGAUUGCCGUCCUUUGGGGAGUCCCGGCUCUUAAAGGUGACCUAAUGAAGAAUUGUUCCACCUGGACCUCAUUAGGUGCCCCUCUGAAGUAACCCUGAAAGCUUCUCUCUUGAAUCAGGAUGUAAGAUCAGAAGACGGAGUGAAGAACCCGAAACCGCUCGAGUGCAGAACGUCUUGAAAGACUUGUUUUAAAGUAAUUCAAUUUUUCUUUUGCAAAACAAAGGAAAGAUGGGACAGAAGAACCAUUUUAAGGGUGACUUUUUUUGCAGAAGUCAAGUAAAGUUCAUGCUCUUUCAUUAAACACCUAUGAAAAGUAUGAUAUAAAUAUUGGGCUGUAUAUAAGGGUCCACCUUAAAGUGAUAACCUUCCUCAGAAACUGUCAUGAAAAUGAGCAAGCUGACAAUGUUUUUUGUACAAAUUCAACUCCUAUUUGGCUGUGCUAGCUCUUUGGUUAUUCACUCUAUUCCCUGGAGGGUACCCUGCCCUCAUCCUUGUGUAUGCCAGAUCAAGCCCUGGUACUCCCCUCAGUCGACCUAUAAAGAGGCACCUACUGUUGAUUGCAAUGAUCUGCUCCUCACUCAGCUGCCCAAAUCCUUUCCCUCAGAAACACACACUCUUAGGCUACAAAGCAACCUCAUCAGUUCAGUGGACCAGAGCGAACUCCACGGCCUUGCCAAUCUGACAGAGCUCGAUCUCUCCCACAACAGUUUCAUCAGUACCCGUAACCUAAAGAUCACCGACAUGCCAGCUCUUCUCAGCCUACACAUGGAAGAGAAUCAGCUGAGGCACCUGCCUGAAGAAGCUUUCUCUGGAUUGCCUAGUCUUCAGGAAUUGUAUCUUAAUCAUAACAGGCUUAGAAGCAUCUCUCCUGGAGCUUUUAAGGGUCUUGAUCAUCUUUUAAGGCUGCAUCUGAACUACAAUCACCUAAUGAUCAUUGACAGGCAUUGGUUCCAUGCCUUGCCUCAACUAGAAGUGCUCAUGAUUGGAGGAAAUCCAGUUGACUCUAUUAAAGAUCACAACUUUAAACCGCUUGGAUCUUUACGCAGCCUGGUUCUGGCAGGUAUGGGCUUGCGGGAGAUCUCAGAGCGUGCCCUAGAGGGACUUCUCAGCCUUGAGAGCAUCAGCUUUUAUGACAACAACCUAACCAAAGUCCCGAAAGAGGCCUUGCAGAAAUUAGCAGGCUUGAAGUUUUUAGACCUCAACAAGAACCCAAUUCAGUUGGUACAGAAAGGUGACUUCAGAGACAUGCUUCACCUAAAAGAACUCGGCUUGAACAACAUGGACAAGUUGGUUUCUAUUGAGCAUUCUGCAAUGGAGAACCUGCCUGAGCUGACAAAAUUGGAAAUGACAAACAAUCCCCGGCUGUCGUAUAUUCACCCCCAAGCUUUCCAGAAGCUUCCAAGUAUGGAGAGUUUAAUGCUUAACAGUAAUGCCUUGAGUGCUCUGCAUCGGCAGACUGUCAGGUCUCUACCAAGCCUACAAGAGAUCAGUUUGCAUACCAAUCCCAUUCGCUGCGACUGCCUUAUUCGCUGGGUAGGGGCAGAGGAUGACAAACCAGUCCGUUUCAUCGAACCCCAGUCUACAUUUUGCUCAGAACCACCAGAGUUAAAAGCCAGGAAAGUAAAAGAAGUCUCCUUCAACGAGAUGGCAGAUAGCUGCCUUCCUUUGAUUGCCCCAAGCACUUUCCCAUCUUACGUUCAGGUAAAACAAGGAGACAACAUAGCCCUGCAUUGCAGAGCACUAGCAGAACCAGAACCAAGUAUUUACUGGGUUAUUCCAAAUGGUAUCAGGUUAAACCUUUCCAACAGCGUUGGCCAUUACCGGGUGUUAACAGAAGGAACUCUGGAGAUCUUUGGAGUCACCCAUGAAGAGGCUGGCUUGUACACUUGCGUUGCACAAAAUCUGGUUGGGGCUGACACAAGGAGCCUGACAAUCAAUGUCACAGGAUCUCGCAGGGCCCAAAUUAUGAGUAUGAAAAGAAAAGAAGGCAGCCUUGGGAUCCAAAAUGUCGAAGAACGUUACGCUUUACUGACUCUGCAUACUGGCCAGAGCGUUCCUGGAGCACGGAUUACCUGGAUAGCCAACGACAGCCUGGAAGAGCACCACAGACACAGCACUCGAAUACUAGCAGGCACUAGAGGAUUUAACCUAUCACAUCUCCAACCAGGGACCCAUUACAAGGUUUGUCUGCACGUGGGGCCGAAUGACACCUCAUGUGUACAUCUCAGGACUAAAGAAGUCCAGUUCAUUCCAGUUUCUUCUCCAGAGAUGACUCCAGCUGUCAUACUGGCCAUCUCGGCUCUGUUUCUCUUGCUGGCAGCCAGAGCUUUUCAAGGAGGAACGAUUUACAACUGGAAAGAGUACACACCAGAGUUUGAGAAACCCCAUACCACUAUUUUAACCCAGGAAGCAAAGGCUUUUUUGGUUCCAGUGGUGCCAGUGAAACAAGCGCUUCAUCAGCAUGGAAAUGAUCUCUCAGAGGGCAGUGGGAGGAAGGUCAGUGGUGCUAAGCAAGGGUGUGAUCUUCAAGGACCUGCAAAGGAGACAUGUUGAGUUCAAGGCACAGAGGAAGUAAAGUCCUUGGAAGAGCUACAGCUCGCAGUCAAAACUAACCUUACUACACUAAACAAAACCAGAACUUUCAUUAUCAGAUUAUGACCAAGUGUCUGAAUAAUACGUCCAGUUACAAAAUUUCUAUUUAUUUUAUAAUUAAAAAAGG